GCUGUUCCGCUACAGGUUGUGUCAGGUCUGAUUAUGGAGCACACUGAGGAAAAUGAAGUUGAUGAUGGGGAGGAAGGCUCCGAAAAUUUCUUUAUUCAGGGGUCCAGCAGUUCGGAAAACGAAAGAGAAAGUAUGAUACAUUCAAUGAGCUGCAAACAAGCUGCACGGCAGAACAGAGAAAGCUCCCCUCCGCUCCUCCUGGUCUUUCCAUUCUCCUCUGGAGGAAAAGGGGCUCUGCUGGACGCUGAGCUGGAACCGUCUUCUGGUGAUGACCUACAGGACGAUAAAGAUGAGGAUCAGCCCAUAGAGGAGUGGAUGAUCCUGGAAGGAAAGGAACAGGUGGAGGACUCGAGCAUCCAGCUCAAUCUGAGCUACAGGAACAGCUCCGGGGAGGACUUAGAUGAUGAAGAUUUGAAGGGCAACGUGCCAAAAUCAGUAAAAGAAAGCUGGGCUGUAUCUGUGAAAGACAAGAGUGGCAAGGAUCAGUCUCUGACCAGCCGUUAUUUCUCGCCUGGUUGUUCCCUGAUCUGUCGUGUAUGCAACAGGACAGGACACCUUGCCAAAAGCUGCUCCUUCCGCAAGAAAUGUCCCACAUGUGUCCUUUGUGGGAUCCAGGGUCACAUCCAAAGGAAAUGUCCAAGUCGCCCCUGUGGUAGAUGUGGACUGCCUUCACACGGGCUCAAGCCCUGUGAUCUGCCUCCAGUGUGGAACCAGCACUGCCUACGCUGCGGGAUGACAGGGCACCUUUCUGAUGCCUGCCCCGAUACGUGGAGACAAUACCACUUGACAGUUAGGGUAGAGGUUCCCCUCAGGCCACAGGCAAGACACAACCUCCAUCACAGGAAGUGCUGCAUUCAUUGUUACAACUGUUCUAAAAGAGGACAUUACGGUUAUGAGUGCACUAAAAGGAGGAUGGUUACGGGCACCUUUCCAUCGUUGCCUUAUGUUUACCGAUAUGACACCAUGGAAGACAUUCUCCAACUUCGGACCAGGCUAGAGGAAAGAGUUAAAGAGCCUGCACAUGGUUUCUCAGACCUGUCUGAAAAAACAGGGGCGAGCGGCGAGGAGAAUCGAUCAGUCCAGGGGUGGACAAAGACAAAGAAGGAGUUGCACACCCGAGCUGGCAGGAGGAAGACGUGGCAAGAGAGGUGCAAAGAGAGACGAGAGGUGAAGCGUCUGAGGAGGGAUGCUCAGGCCAGGCGGGAAGGAGGACUACUGAUGAAGUCCCGCUGUAGCUCUGAUGACGAAGCCUAUCCCAGAGUCCCCUUUAGGCAGCCCGAUGACUGGCACAAGCAAUCCACAGCACCUCCACAGAAGAAAAGGAGGGAUGAGACAGGUGGCAAAAAGAGCAGGAAGAGCAGAGAGGCAGAAAGGUGGAAGAAAAGAGGAGGGCUAAAACGUGGGUAUUUGUAUCCCCAUGCUGACAUAGAUAUCAGGAGUGUAAAUCUUCUUUCCCCAAAACAAAGAGUACGCCACAGAAAAAAAUGAUAGCUGAUUGUUUUUUAAUGUAUUUAUUUUUUGAGUGCUAAUAAAUGUAUCAAGUUUGCAAAGAAGUCAUUUUGUGCAU